AUGGCCGUUGUGCUCGCGGCGCCUCCUGACGAGGGCGAGAUCGACGCCCUCGUCGCCAAGCUCGAGGCCGACUUGGCGCACCUGCUCGAGGACUGCCAGGUCCCGAAGAUCGCCCAGACCAAGGUGGCGAAGGUGGGGAUGAUCUCCACAAAGCUGUUCGCCCGUACUGCGGGCGAUCUGCCGGGCGCUCGCACCUUCAUCGCGCACCUCGGCCUCGACGCGUCCGCGAGCAUCCCGAACGCGGAGGCCGCUGCUGCCAUGGUCAAUGCCUGGGAGGCGUCCAAGAUCCGGCACCGCGAACUCGAGGAACGCGACAUCCCGGCGACGCAGAUGGUGGACGCAUUGCUCGAACAGGUCGAGGAGGGCGAACUGGUUGCCGAGAAACUGUCUGCUGCUCUCUCGCGCGCACAGACAUCUGGCGAAGUCUGGGACAAUCUGAAGUUCCAACCCGACGGCACGCUCAGGGUCGCUCGGGGGCGGGCCAUCGGCACCAUGCCCACGGACUCCGAAGACCUGAGGGGCAAGUACCAGUUAAUCGCGCGUGCGUGGGAGCUCGUCUUGCUGAAGGUGAAGGCGCCCGACAACAGCUUCACCUACCGCCCUUCGCGGGCGAUCCUCUUGGAGUUCGAGUUCCAGGUCCGGAAGUGGAUUUGCAGCGAGGUGAACGCAGGCACGUGCACGCUGCCCCAGGCGCUGCGCGCGGCGCAGAAGGACGAGGCGCUGUUGCAGAAGCACUUUUCCGAUCCAGUGAGCGUGGCUGCUGGAGCAGCCGCUGCAGUGGCCGCCACUGCGGCUGCGGCGGCAGCAGCGUCGGCCCAACGCGCCGCCGAUCGUUCCCGCAGCGCGGCGGCCAGGGCUCCCGCCCAGGGGGUCGUCAACCAGGCCGCUCAGAGUUGGUCGAUCUCCCCCCCUGUCGCCCAGAGCUGGUCAAACAUGGGCGGGGGCCGCGGCCGCCACAACCCCGGCGGCGGCCCCCCCGGCCCUGGCGGCCCCGGCGGCGGCCAUGGCGGUCGCGGCCGCGCCGCCUCCCGCGGGCCCCCCGGGGGGUGGAAGGCCGGCUGCAACAACAGGACGGCGGACGGCCGCCUCAAGUGCUUCAAGUUCAACCGCCCCAGCGGCUGCCCCGGGGGCUGCGGCGCGGUCCACGUCUGCUUCGUCUGCAGCGGCGCCCACGGGAUGCACGAGUGCCCGCGGAAGCCGAAACCGCUGGUUCCGGGCGCCCCGCCAGCAGCGGCCGCGGGCGGUCGCGCUCCGCCGUGGCGCGGGCCCCCGACUGGAGGGCCCGCGACCGCCGCCUCCGGAGUGAAGCUUGAGGCAGCGUCCGCGGGAAGUCAUCUCUUCGCGGACCUACGUCCUCAGGCUGAAUUGGAGGCUCCUGGGCAGCCGCUGCCGCCGCUUCCGCGCUUGGGCUGCGAGCGCCGUCGGGGCAACGGCCACUCCCCGCCGGCCGCCGCGCCAUUGGUCGCGCCCACUGUUCCGGCGGCCGCGCCGGCAGCUCCGGCGAGGCGCGUCUCCCUCGCCGUGGAGGCGGCAACACCAUCCGUGACUUCUGGCACUCCUGCGGGCGGGGGGCCGCGUUGCGGGCGGCCAUCGUCGGAUGGGCUUCCCCAGAUGCCGAUCAGGUGCCAUGUGAGCAAGAUCGACUGGAAGGCCGACGCGUCUGCCAUCUACUGCGGGCGCUCGCACGCUCGCUUGGGCCUGCCGCCAUCGCCGUACGCCAACCACGUCGGCAGGGGGUUGCCGAAUGCGGAGGCGGCCGAGGCUUUCCGUAGCUGGUUGGACAGGCAGCCGGAUCUGAAGGCCACUCUCUUCGAGGACCUCGCGGAUCGCAAGCUCGCGUGCCAUUGCGCGAAGCACGCCGCUUGCCGCGUCGACGUCCUCAGAGACGAGUGGAGGCGCCAGCAGAUUUGCUUGUACCCGGACCUGGGCCCCCCGUCAGACAGCGAAGUUCGCCGCCUCGCGGGGGCGAGGAGGGCGGCAGUCGCGGCGAGGAAGGCGGCGGUCGCCGACGCCGCGCCGCUCAUCCAUGACCAUGUCGCGCUCCAGGUCAGGUCCAAGCGGGGUUGGGCCCAGCUCUGCGACGGCGGGGGCAUCUGCUCGCAAGGGGCCCGGAUGCCAGAGGACAGGAAGAAGCCUCCGAAGAUCGCCGAGGAGCUCCAUCGCAUCGCCGCUCGCGCCCUCGGCGAGGUGACCAAGCAGAAGGGCGCGGACCUGGCAUCCCUGCUCUCCGCGCUGCUUGACAAGCGGGGCGAGUCCGUCUUCGGCGCCGAGUUGGUCGAACCCGUCCGGGCCAGCUGGGUGGCGGCAUUGAGGGCGCUGGGCUACCCGGCCCGCUCAGAUUGCAGCCGCAGGAAGCAGCCGAUCGACACCCCGCUCCUCCAGGCGGUCCUGCGGGCCCUUGGCGACCCAGACGCUGACGGCAUGGGCGCCUACAUCGAGGGGGCCCCCAUCGGCGCUGGGGUGGAGCUGCCGCGAACCCCGGAGGUCUUCGCGGAGAAGACUCGCCGGGCGCUGCCGGGCCAGGCACAGGCCCCCCCAGGCCAGGGGCCCGCGGACGAGGAGGUAGUUAGGGCGAACUACCCCUCGACUGAAGACCGCGUAGACAAGAUCGAGAGGAUGCUGGGCGAAGCGGUCGACCAGGGGCGCGCCAUCAAGAUGUCGCUGGCAGACGCUCGCCGCAAGUUCGUGUCGGGACUCACGGUGGCCUCGCUGGGGGUGCAGGUCAAGGAAGCGAGGGGAAGCGAGGCUGGCCCCCCCUCGCUCCGCCUCCUCUUCGACGGCACCCACGGCGUGCAGAUUAAUGAGCGCAUCAAGGUGCGGGACGCGAUCGAGCUCCCGAAACCGAGGGGCAUCAAUCGCGUGCUGCGCGCAGCCCGCGAUUCUGGGCUGCCAGGUUUCCUCGUCACCGUCGACGUCAAGGAAGCCCGCGAGCUGGUUCUCGUCAGGGAAGAGGACUGGCCCCUGCUGGGCUGCCGUGCCAAAGAGAAUGGCUGGGUGCACCUCCGCACGGUCGGCGCGUUCGGCAUCUCCUCGGUGGCCUACUGGCGGCAGCAGCGCACCGGCUGGAAGAAGGUCCACGGGGGCUUCACGUGCAACUGGGUGGGGCUGGAGCUGCAGGUCACCAAGGUUGUCAGCAUCCGCGAGCUCGAGGAGACGUUUGGGCGCAUGGUCUUCGUCUACGGCGCCCUGGAGGGCACCUGCGUGAGGCUGCCCGUUUUCGUCUCGAGCAUCUUGCGCUGGCUGCUGGAGAACCUCGAGCGUCGCCGAUCGGUCUCCGUCCUGUCCAUGCCCUUCCGGCCGAAGGCGUCCUUCAGGGUGGACGCGAAGGCGCGGGGCGAUCUGAUUGUUAUCGGCGGGUGGGAGCCCGGUGUAGAUUCUGACGGCCGGAUCUCUGCCAAAGUCGCGCGCUGGUUUUCCUUGCGCGUCACUGCCAAUGACGCCCCUUGGGCAUUUGACAAGGGGUUGCCCUUCAAGGCCAUCGCAGCCCUCGAACUGCUGGCCUCGACUGUCGCGCUGAUGGUCUUCUGCACGCAUGCCGUCUUUCCUUUAGACGUUCACCUCGAAUCUGGAUAUUUUGCCGACUCCCAGGUGGUGGAGCUUUCAGUCGGUAGGCUGAUGAGCUCAAAAUACCCAUUGUACAUAGUCCUCGUCUUUUAUGCGUUCGAACCGGGCCGGCGCGUCCAGGUGUCUUUCGCGGAUUUGGAUUUCAAGGUUUUGGGCCCGACGGUGGCCGAGGCUCGUGGCUUCUACAAUGACGUUUCGCAGCUGCGCAGCCUUCGCGCGCCCGCUGCCUAUGAGCGCGCGCGGCCUGUGGCCUCCCGCAAGCGUUUGCGCGAUCGUGAGCCUUGGUAG